UUGCGUAUUUGCGUUCAGCUCCCUAACUAUACCCUUCGAUAUACGCUUGCUGGGCACACGAAGGCGGUGUCAUCCAUCAAGUUUAGUCCAAAUGGUCACUUUCUCGCCAGCUGCUCUGCUGACAAACUAAUCAAAAUAUGGUGCGCUUAUGACGGGAAAUUUGAAAAAACUAUAUCUGGACAUAGGCUGGGUCUUAGUGAUGUUUGUUGGUCAGAAGACAAUCGGUUUUUGUGUACUGCUUCUGAUGAUAAAACACUGAAAAUCUGGGAUUUCACAUCGGGAAAAUGCCUUAAGACCCUCAAAGGGCACACUAAUUACGUGUUUUGCUGCAAUUUCAAUCCUCAGUCAAACUUGAUCGCCUCCGGAUCUGUAAGUUUUUCAUGUUGUACUUGUGUUUUUGUGCGGGUUAUUCUCGUCGUUUGCAGUUCGAUAGGUCACAAUUGCUAUUCUGAAGAUGAUGCCGCAUUCACAGAAUGUACGGAUUCUUAGCA